AUUUAUUAACUCUCUCAUGCCCUCUGGAGGUCAUAUCUCACUGAUCCAUCUGAGACAUUCCCUGCUCUUUCCACUUCGAUCUUCUUUAUCUUCGCUCUUUUUCUUUACUCCUGGCUCUCUUUAAACCUCCUCUUUCAUUAUGCAUGUGUGAAGCCUGCCUUGCUUUACAAUGACACCAACAUUCUUUAAAUCAUAUUUGAGAAGUAUUUUAGACUUAUAAUAGUGGAAUGGUGGCCACUGGCUUUGACAUAUAAAAGGGUAAGGGAAUUUCAACAUUUUCAUUUGAACAUGAAAAUUGCUUCCUUAAAAUGAUUUUUGUUGGCAAUUUUUUCAAUCACACAGAAGCAAAAACAACAUGACUUUCCAUUUUCUCUUAUUGUUUUAUUGCAUCCUAGUAUAUUGAGCUUUGACUCUUUUGACAGUGUUGCUUAAGGAGGACACCAGCACCUCCUCAAGGAAAGGAAAUUUACAAGGAGUGUUGAGGUUGGGCAGGGAGUAUUUCAGGAGCUCGCUGGCCUAUUGGUCUGGGGAGUUAUCCACUUCCAUAAACAGGACUACUGGGUUGUGCUGAGCCAUCAGAGGGACCCAUAUAUAUCCUAUUUAAUUUUUCUCUCACUCGGGCUUGCCAGUCUUCCCUGUCCUUUUGCCAAGGGUGUUCUGCCCUCGUUCUCGUGUAUAGGGUGUGGACACAAUAAACUGCCAAGAUGUCGGAGAAAAAGAUGACAUCCUCCCGCCGGUACAACUUGAAGAGCUUGCUGCUCUCCAUUGCUGCCGGAUUGCUGGAGGCUGAAGCCAAGCAGCUUGUGGUUGAUAAGGAGACUUACAUGAAUGAGCACGCCCCAUCCCUGGAUCUUCCUGGAUCCACACAGGAACUUCAGGAGUUCCUCAAAAAGCUCCAUCAGUCCAUCGACAAGGUUGAUGAGGAAAGGUAUGACUUGGAGGCCAAGGUUCUUAAAACAAACAAGGAGAUCGAUGACCUGAAGAUUAAAGUUCAGGACCUGAAGGGCAAGUUCAAGAAGCCUGUGUUGAGGAAAGUGCGUAUGUCUGCUGAUCAGAUGCUUCAGGCUCUGCUGGGCUCCAAGCACAAGGUGUCUCUGGAUCUGAGAGCCAACCUGAAACAAGUGAAGAAGGAGGUCAAAGAGGAGACUGCAGAUGUUGGUGACUGGCGUAAGAACAUUGAGGACAGAACAGACAGAAAGAAGAUGUUUGAGACUGAGGCUUAAGAUGGAGGACAGAUGUGUUCUGAUAGGUCUUAAUUUUUCUCUGGCAGUAGUUCUGUAACCUAGCCCCCCACUCUCAUUCCAAUAAAGGUGGUUUUCCAGGACAUUUUUCACA